GGCGCGCUCCGGCUCCUCCUGCUGCUGCUGCUCCCGCGGCCGGCCGCCGCCGUGGAAGAAACCUUGAUGGACUCCACCACAGCGACGGCCGAGCUCGGCUGGACGGUGCACCCAGUGUCAGGGUGGGAAGAGGUGAGUGGCUACGACGAGAACAUGAACACCAUCCGGACGUACCAAGUGUGCAACGUCUUCGAAUCCAGCCAGAAUAACUGGCUACGGACCAAAUACAUCCGAAGGCGGGGCGCCCACCGGAUCCACGUGGAGAUGAAGUUCUCCGUCCGAGACUGCAGCAGCAUCCCCAACGUGCCGGGAUCUUGCAAGGAGACCUUCAACCUGUAUUAUUACGAGUCGGAAUUCGACGGCGCCACCAAGAGCUUCCCCAGCUGGAUGGAAAACCCCUGGGCCAAGGUGGACACCAUCGCGGCCGACGAGAGCUUCUCGCAGGUGGACCUGGGCGGGCGGGUGAUGAAGAUCAACACCGAGGUCCGCAGCUUCGGGCCCGUCUCCAAAAACGGAUUUUAUUUGGCCUUCCAAGAUUACGGGGGUUGCAUGUCUCUCAUCGCCGUGCGCGUCUUUUACCGCAAGUGCCUGCGCAUUAUCCAGAACGGCGCCAUCUUCCAGGAGACGCUGUCCGGAGCGGAGAGUACGUCUCUGGUUGCGGCCAGGGGGACCUGCAUCCCCAACGCCGAAGAGGUGGACGUGCCGAUCAAACUGUACUGCAACGGGGACGGCGAGUGGCUGGUGCCCAUCGGGCGCUGCAUGUGCAAAUCCGGCUACGAGUCGGUGGAGAACGGCACCGUCUGCAGGGGCUGCCCUUCCGGGACGUUCAAAGCCAACCAGGGGGACGAGAGCUGCAUCCACUGUCCAAUCAACAGCCGGACCACGUCCGAAGGAGCAACCAACUGCGUCUGCCGGAACAGCUACUACCGGGCCGAUUCUGACCCGCUGGAGAUGCCUUGCACCACCAGUCCUUCAGCCCCCCAGACCGUCAUUUCCAGCGUGAACGAAACCUCCCUGAUGCUGGAAUGGACCCCUCCUCGGGAUUCGGGAGGCCGCGAGGAUGUGGUCUACAACAUCAUCUGCAAGAGCUGCGGCUCGGGGCGCAGAGCCUGCACCCGCUGCGGGGACAACGUCCAGUUCACGCCGCGCCAGCUGGGCCUGACGGAGCCACGGGUGUACAUCAGCGAUCUCUUGGCACACACGCAAUACACCUUCGAGGUCCAGGCGGUCAACGGGGUGACGGAUCAGAGCCCGUUCUCACCGCAGUUUGCCUCCGUCAACAUCACCACCAACCAAGCGGCUCCUUCGGCGAUAUCCAUCAUGCAUCAAGUUAGCCGGAUGGUGGACAGCAUCACCCUCUCGUGGUCUCAACCGGACCAGCCCAAUGGGGUCAUCCUGGAUUAUGAGCUCCAGUACUAUGAGAAGGAUCUGAGCGAGUUUAAUGCCACGGCGGUCAAGAGCUUCACCAAUACGGUGACUGUCCCAAACCUCAAGGCCGGGACGAUUUACGUCUUCCAGGUGCGAGCCCGCACAGUGGCCGGUUACGGACGCUACAGCGGGAAAAUGUAUUUCCAGACAAUGACGGAAGCCGAGUACCAAACCAGCAUCCAGGAGAAGCUGCCUUUGAUUAUCGGUUCCUCGGCGGCAGGACUGGUCUUCCUCAUUGCCCUGGUGGUCAUCAUCCUGGUUUGCAACAGUCCAUCUGCCUACCGUUCAGCACGGUGCUCUCCUUCCAGAAGACGUGGAUUUGAGCGCAACGAUUCGGAAUACACCGACAAGCUGCAACACUACACCAGCGGCCACACAGUUACUCCGGGGAUGAAAAUCUACAUCGACCCCUUCACCUACGAGGACCCCAACGAGGCCGUCCGGGAGUUUGCCAAGGAGAUUGACAUCUCCUGCGUGAAAAUCGAACAGGUGAUCGGGGCAGGAGAAUUUGGCGAGGUCUGCAGUGGCCACCUGAAGCUGCCGGGGAAAAGGGAGAGCUUCGUAGCCAUCAAGACCCUAAAAUCGGGGUACACCGAGAAACAGCGGCGGGACUUCCUGAGCGAAGCCAGCAUUAUGGGUCAGUUUGACCACCCCAACGUGAUCCACCUGGAGGGGGUGGUGACAAAGAGCCCCCCGGUCAUGAUCGUCACCGAAUUCAUGGAGAAUGGGUCAUUGGAUUCCUUCCUUCGGCAAAACGAUGGCCAGUUUACAGUCAUCCAGCUGGUGGGCAUGCUCCGGGGCAUCGCGGCUGGCAUGAAGUAUCUUGCUGACAUGAAUUAUGUCCACCGUGACUUGGCAGCCCGUAACAUUUUGGUCAACAGCAACCUGGUGUGCAAAGUUUCGGACUUUGGCCUCUCCCGAUUUUUGGAAGAUGACACCUCGGACCCGACUUACACCAGUGCUCUGGGUGGUAAGAUCCCAAUCCGUUGGACAGCGCCCGAAGCCAUCCAGUACCGAAAGUUCACUUCUGCCAGCGAUGUGUGGAGCUAUGGGAUCGUCAUGUGGGAAGUAACGUCCUAUGGGGAGAGACCUUAUUGGGAUAUGACCAACCAGGACGUAAUCAAUGCCAUUGAGCAAGACUACCGAUUACCACCGCCCAUGGAUUGUCCCAGCGCUCUCCAUCAGCUCAUGCUGGACUGCUGGCAGAAGGACCGCAACCACCGGCCGAAGUUUGGACAGAUUGUCAACACCCUAGACAAGAUGAUCCGAAACCCCAACAGCCUGAAAGCCAUGGCACCUCUUUCCUCAGGGAUUAAUCUGCCCUUGCUGGACCGGACGAUUCCAGAUUACUCCAGCUUCAACACAGUGGACGAGUGGCUGGAGGCCAUUAAGAUGGGCCAGUACAAAGAGAAUUUUGACAGCAACGGCUUCUCCAGUUUCGACUUAGUUUCCCAGAUGACGAUGGAAGACAUCUUGCGAGUCGGAGUGACGCUGGCCGGUCACCAAAAAAAGAUCCUGAACAGUGUCCAGGUGAUGCGCACGCAGAUGAGCCAGAUCCAGUCCGUGGAAGUUUGAGACAUGCUUCUUGUACACGGCCACGGGGUCCCGCUCCCGCGUGGUCCUAGUGUGUGUCCAGGUUUCCCAGGGGGGCCUUGGGCUCCCCAAACAGACAUGGAGCGCCGCACAGCCACGGACUCUGAGCACACCAGCGCAACCCUGGAUUUCCUACUUAGGAGGACACCUCCAAACUCCACGUCGUCGGCGUGGACCUUCUCCUCAAGGGCUAAAGUCGGGGAAGGGACGGCAAGCCGCUCUUCUCGGCCUCCUCACCUUGUCUAUCCUUCAAACAAGACGUUCCACCAUCAAUAUCCACACCAGAGGUCCCCGAACAUCUAAGAAUGGAGCUGUGGAGGCUUCAUCUCAUCCAGGUUUUGGUGGACGGUGAUCUUUGGACCGGACCGAAGAAGGGCACGAGACAGGAGGUUGUUGUCCUCGACAAUGAGAGACAUUACCCACGGACGGGUCUUUUGAAACCCACUUCCCUUUUGAAGGACAGAAGCUUUUUUAAAAAAAAAAAAUUGAUGUCUUCUCCAACCUUUUUCCCUGGGUCUGAAGGAGCUUCCUACGGUUCAGGUGGGACCUUGAUGAUUGGGAUUGGCACAACCUGGAACGGCUCCUCUUUGCACCCCGAGCUGCAGCUCUGACACACACUCAAGAUGUUCACAAGGCCUUCCUCCCUUGUCGUGUGUUGUAGACUUGACGUGUUUUUUCUUUGUUGUGGUGGUGGUGGUUGUCCAUGUUUCCUCCUUGGCAAUGGGGUCCCCAGGGGGUUUGCAUUGUUUUCGCUCUCCUCCGAAUGCAAAAAAAAAUGUGUUUCUCCUGGACCCUCUCCUCCAAAUCAGCACUUCUGGGGGGGGGGAGGCAGGCAUUUACACCACGUUGCUCCCAAAUGUGUGUGUAUAUUUUUGUGUGUGUGAGAGAGAGAUGCAAAUUUUUUUCAUUUGCAUUUGUAUUUGCUGAGCCCGUCUGAUACACGUCGUCCUCAACUUACAACAGUUUGUUUAGUGACUGUUCAAAGUUAUAACAGCACUGAAAAAAAAAGCCACUUAGGAACCAUUUUUCACCCUUAACGACCGUCGCGGCGUUCCCAGGGUCACGGGAUCAAAAUUCAACCACUUGGCACAAUUGACUCGUAUUUAUGACGGUCGCAGCCUCUCCGGGGGUCACGUGAUCCCCUUUUGUAGCCUUGUAACCAGCAAAAUCAGCGGGGAAACCCGGUUCGCUUAGCAACCGUGUGACUCACAACCGCGGCAACUCGCUUAACAACGGUGGCGAGAAAGGUCAUCAAAUGGGGCAAAACUCACUAAACCACUGCCUUGCUUUGCAGCAUCCGGGGACUUCAACUCCCAGAAUUCUCCAUGCUCAAUGGGGCAUCCUGGGCUUUGAAGUUCCCCCAGCCUGUUGGUUUUGUGCAGCUUGGCUCUGCUCUGCGAGUGCAAAAUUCUCAUUUUUUUAAUCCUCCCCCUCAUCUGCCCACCUGUCCUGAGGCUGCCCCCCCUUCUACUGGACUGAGCAAUAAAAUGCCAGGCUUAUGGAUAUGGUGAUCCUUCUGAGCAGAGGGUUGUUGUGCAUUGAUUCUGUUCCAGGCUUGGAAGAGAUGCCGUCAAGAAUGGUCCACCCGAGCCUUUAAUCUGGAAGGUGACAUUAUUCUCUUUAGAUAAUUGUAGAUCGCCAUCUUCAAACCACCAGUCCAAACACUGGAAGUUUUUAAGAAGAGACGGGACAGCCAUUUGUCUGAAAUGGUAUAGGGUUUCCUGCCUGAGCAGGGGGUUAGGCUAGAUGACCUCCAAGGUCCCUUCCAACUUCAUUAUUAUUAUUAUUAAACUGCCAGCAGGGAGGAGAAGUGGCUGCAAACGGAAUAUUUAUUUAAAAUUGAGAAAGUUUUAAGACUGUUCUUCUCCUGUCUGUAAUUUCCUUUGGGUUUUGUGUAUGUGUGUGUGUGUGUAGAAUUGGAGACUUUUGAACUUUGAACCUUCCCGGAACCGUCCUGCGCCCGCCUGCUUGAAGCUUCACGAAGAUGCGUCUCAAUUCAUCGGCAGGUUUCCCCCUUCUGAGGGAGACUGUUUUUGUCCCUGGCCAUUUUUCUUCUUUACCCUUGACAGUAUUUGUAUUUUUUACAAAAGGAAAAAUUAUAUAUAUAUAUAUAUAUAUAUAUAAAUAUGUAAAUAACAGGUGGUUUGCCAGGCCCUUCUCACCCAAGGGUGCGUCUUCCAUGCCAACUAAGGCCUUCUCUGAACUCCAUUGGACACCUUUGGGGGUGUCCCCGGGAAAGAGGAGAAGGAAGAAAUGAAAUCCCAUGUAUUUAUAAAAAAAUUAAAAAAAAAAAAGGGCAGAAGCCGCUACUCCGAGAUCUUUGUAGGAGUAUUUUUAAGAAGACUUUUUUUUGUUUGUUUUUUUUCCAAAAUAAAUGUGAAGUGUGAACGGACGUCUGAACGUCUUUUCUGGGUUUUGGGUUGAUUGUUGAUUGUCCAUGUUGAGUUGGAAGGAGAAAGCACAAAGCUGGAAACCUCUCCAGGUGCUUCAUUGGUGUCCCAAAGGGGCUCACCUGGAAUAGGGGAG